AAUAUGGCCAAGCCGACACACAUCCUUGACUUCUCAGAGUACCUCUUUCAAGAGGUCAUGGACCUCUUCAAUGUAAAGCUUGAUGAGAAGCCAGUCGAUCCUCGACUGGCCAACAGGCAGAAAAGCAAGAAGUUUGUGACUCUUCCCCAGCUGCACAAGUUCUUGAGAGAGAGGCUCGAUAUGACCUCGGAAAAGGUCAGCGAACUCAUUGAGAAGAUCGAUAACAGGAAUAAAGAGAAGAUCACAUGGACUGAGUUCCUCCUCUUCGUCAAUAAAGAAGCUGAAAAACGUGAAGUCAUCAAUGAUGCUAGUAUUUAUGGCUGCGGCACAAAGAGGUUCAUAGAGAAGCCCCGCAAGCGGGCUUUCGCUAAUGGCCAGCCUAUUAAUUAUGGCAUAGACUUCUUUCUUAAGAUGGAGCUGAAUUAUAACACGAUAUACCUCAUGAUCUUUGAGAAUUACACAGUUGGUCUUUUCAACACAACGACGAAGAAUUAUGAUGAGUUUCUUAGAAUGAAAUUCCCAUCAGAUUAUUCAAAACCAAGGCAUCCCCCAGAACUCGAAGAAGAAGAGCAAGCUGAUCCUUUCAGAGAUUCUAGAAACCAAGGAAAUGACAGCCUUUACGCUUCAAUGAAGAAAACAAAAGUGAGAGGCAAGAGGCCUUCAACUAGAGGACCAAUCAACAGAAGAACUUCUAAAUCUAUUAAAGGUAUUGAAACUAAGAACAGCAGGAAGUAUAAAUUUGAGGAUAGUAGCACAACUCUUAACAAAUUUAAUAAAGCUGGCAGGCCUGCUCACAAACUCACGAGUAAGGUCUCCAUCAGGACUUCUGAUAAAAGUUUUGAAAUGUCCCGUGUAGAAGAGAAAUCAGUUGCUAGCAGAGAGUAUCCUCUGUCUAAGAAAUACACAACUGUUUCUAAAAGAGACCAAUUUGACAAAUUUGAAAGGGAGUCUGUUCAAGCCACAAAACCUAAAAUCAGGAAGAACAAUGCUAAUACGAGGAUUUAUGGCAUUCUUGGUAUUGAAAGGCUAAAUCCUGACGAUAAUAUCCUUAUGAGAGGCAAUAUUAAUUCUAAGAAAGAGAAUUCAUUAAGCAUCGCAACAACAAAAAUCUCCAAGACUAAGAUGAAAGAAGCCAAGCAGAAGUUUAUCAACGACAUGAGCAUCAUGGAUUCGAAAAUCUCAGAAAAUGAAAAGAAACUCCAGAGAAUCAGAGAGGCUAAGGGAGGUUAUGGCUCUAACAGGAAAUCAAAGAAGUCGAUUGUAGAAGAAUAUGACCCAUAUAAGUUCAAUAUACAUCACAGAAUUCAAAAUUUUAGACACAGGAUGGACGAUACCUCAUACUCGAUCUUUAAGCUAAAAGAUGAAAUUACCCAUAUUUCUAGCGUGGGAGAUCCCUGGACUUUGUAUGGCAGGGGUAAAAGGACUGGCACAGCUUCAAUAAGAAGAAGGCCAAGAGAGGAUAGUCUCAAAAUUCUUGAUCCUCAAGCAUAUAAAUAAGAAUUUCAAGAACAACCUCAGAGCUAAAGCCGAGCUUAAGAAACAGGAAAAAAUAGCUAGGCAGACUAAGAAGAUUUUCGUCAGCUUCGCCUGCUUUGAUAAGGAAACCAAGAAGCUAUGCUUAGCGCUUGUCGAUUGAGAAAUCAGGAUCUACAAUGUCAAAGAAAAUGGAAAGAGGAUCAAACUUGAGGAGAAGCCUCUCAGCUUUAGAUCAAAAGACAUCGUCACUUAUAUGGAAAUCACAAAAUUUGUAGUCAAUGAUAGGCAGAUUUUGAUACUUGGAACAGAUGUUGGAACUGUAGAAAUCUACUACCUUGAUGAAACUACUGGACCUUUGGACAAGAACCAGCAAAAGUUACUAAAAAUUAAAGAUUUAGAGGGUAUCCAGCCCGCUAAGAGAAGAGAUAUUCGAUUAGAGAGCACUCUCAUGAAAGAUUUCGACAUUGAUAAAGGCAAAGAUCUACAAAUUAUUAAGCUUAAAUAUGCUAGAGAUGUUGGGCUUAUUGUGUGUGCCUUGAACGAUACAAAGGCAAAAGGAAUUCUGAACUUCUUUGAUUCAGUAGACUUUAAGAAAACAUGUAAUUAUGAAGAUGAUAUUAUAAAUGCUAAUCAGGAUAAGUUCAGAAUCAACAUUACCUCAAUGGACUAUUCUGAGAGUCAUAAUCUCAUAGCUAUAGGUGGAAGUGAAGGGAAUAUUAUAAUUAUUGAUUGAGCUGCUCUGAAGGUAGUCAACACCUCUCAUUCCCAUUCUCAUUCAGCAGAAAUAAUCCAAAUAUUUUUCUAUGAUUCUGAGCAUCAGGUCAUCAGUAUUGCUAAGAAUGGUGUAAUAUUAGUCUGGGAUGUCAACGAAAUGAAAGUCCUUCAAAGUUUCAAGGACGAAAAUGGGUUCAGAUAUAGUAUGUUUGAUCCAUCAGGAAAGGGGACUCUUUUUACAACCAACCAAUACAUCCGACAAUACCAGUCUAAAGUUGACCCGGAGAUAGAGCUUAAAGCUUUACAGGUCAAAACUUUGUCGAAGGAUUAUACAAAUCACAAGACUUUGUUAAAGAAAUUAACGAAAAAGAAGUCUGUAUUAGAUAAGAGUUCCCAAUUGAAAGAAGUUAAGAACUCAAAUGUACUUGUAACAGAAGACUCUUCCCUUGUAUUUGUGGGAUUCCUAGACACUCAUGAAAUAAUUCUUAGUGUUGACACUAAGAACUUAGUACGACUCUGGAACAUUACAACUGGGGAGUCAGAGUCCUCGUACAAUGUUGAGAUCUCAGGCCAGGCCACCGCUGUCAGUAUUGAUGAGAAAAAUGGCUUAAUUGCUAUUGGAAAUGAUAAAGGAGAAGUCAAAAUAUGAAAUGUCUUCAGUGGCGGUCUUCUUUAUGACCUUCCAGAAGGCCCAUCUGAAAUUACUGAACUUAAAUUCGUGAAUGCUAUAACAGAUAUCAGUCUGGUAGGGACUUGAUGGAACGGGAAGGUCAUGAUGUGGACUCAGCCUAAUGAAGAAAGAAACUACCAGAUUGACGGUAUCUGUUCCAUAGGCCACAGAGAAGAUAUCAUAUGCAUUGAUAGUGAUGAAAAGUAUAUAGCUACAGGUGGAGCUGACGGCCUUGUCUCAGUAUGGAGCAUUCUAUCAGGAAUGCUAAUCCAUUCCUUCCCAGUUCCGACAAGAGAUUUUAAGCGUCCCAAAACUGUAUCUAAUAACGUUGUUGCUGUGAAGUUGGUGAAGAACCAAUCUAACAUCUUGUAUGUAUGCCAUGAAACUGGAGACAUCCACUGAGUAGAUGCUUCGAAUGGAAAUGAGAAUAAAUAUUUUGCAGCCAGAGCCACUAUAAAUUCAAAUUGGGAUAUUGAUAAAGCAAAAGAAAGAAUGCUCGUUGUUGGCGACACAGGAAAGGCAAGCCUCUUUAUGGUAAAUGAUAAGAAUCAAAAAUGGACUGAGAUUAAAAAAUGGAACAUCCAUAAUAUUAUGACUUAUGACAACAAUUAUGUUUGUACAGUAAAGGCAUCUCAUUCGAAUAAUCUUUUCAUAACAGCUACUAUCCAAGGAAACGUAAAGAUUUGGUCGAUUGAUGGAGAUUAUUUAGCUGAUUUGAAUCAGCAAAGUUGGCCAGGAGACCUGACACAAAUAGCAAAUAGUUACUUUGAUCAAAGCCCAAUAAAGGGAGGAGCCAAAAACAUUGUCUCCUUUGACCUUGCAGAUAAGAUUAUUUACAGUGACUCUCAGAAUGAAGAGAGUUCAGAAUCUUUUUCACUAUCCCCAACUAAAAUUUAGAGUUAUCAAGAUUAGAUUUUA